GCAUUAUAGCUGAAUAUUAUUCUAAUAGUUGUAAUUUUAAUUAUUUAAAAUGGAUUCAAGUGUUUUAUUUAUUCCAGAUAAUGAAGCCAGUAUUUAUACUACUUCUAUUCUGGAUACCAUAUUCAACUGAAGGCAAUGAAAAUUCGUACCAGGCUUAUUACAACGAAGAUUUUUAUUCCUUCGUUGUAGGUGCUCACGCCAGUCAGCACAACAGUGUGUUACAAGAAUUAUUCAGUAAUUUGAUGACAUAUAAUUCCACCGACAGCUGCGUCCGAGAUUUGAAGAACUAUCAGCACUCCCUCAAUAGUCAUGAGAAGUGGGCUAUAUCAUUAUUAGACUCUUCAGGGAUUCCCGCCACUGGCCUUUUAUCAGGAAACACAAUAAGUUUGGGAAAUUACAAGCAAUGUCUUUCCACAUCUCCGAGAAAUUUCAGCAGUUCUUAUUGCUUAGUGGAUCUUAACAUAUCAAAGAAACCAAUCAUUUAUUGGGCGCCACACAACGUGCCGAUAGUGUUCACAUUAUGCCUCCCAGGAACGUGUGACAACAAACAACUAGAAAGACUGCUGGAGCCCACGGGUUCAGUGAACAACGCGACGGUCACAGUUGAAUGCCAAUCGACCAGGCCGACAUUUACUUUUGCAGAUAUUUUCGUCAUGUUUCUUUUCAUUUUAAUAUGGAUAGUGAUCAUUUCUACUACUAUCCCUAAAAAAUGGAUUCGUCCCAAUAAUAAAGUUUUGGAUGAGAUACGGAACAGCUUCAGCCUUCGAAGGAACCUGUCCAGCUUGCUGAGGGCGGACACCAGGUCGAGCCACCUGGCGAGCCUCUACGGGCUUCGUGCUCUGAGCCAAUGCGUCGUUGUCUGGUGCCACGUUGUGCUCGGAGGGUUCGUUCCUAAAUAUCCAGCUUUAAACAAAUUCUCUUAUUACGAGUUUCUUAGAUCCUGGGAAGGUGCCUUGGAAACGGAAAUGUCUCUUACUAUAGACACAUUUUUUGUGAUUAGUGGAGUGUUGUUGACGUGGAACUGCUUAGAAAAUAGAAAAAAAUUCAAUUUGCUCAGUUACUACACUCGCAGAUACUUGAGAUUGACACCUCCAUAUUUCGCCAUGAUUCUCAUAAUUUCAACUUUUGCUAAUAAGUUAUGUGACGGACCGCUUUGUAGUUACUUGAUAGACCAAGAAAAAGAUUCGUGUGCCAGCUACUGGUGGACUAAUGUUCUAUACAUCAAUAACUUUUAUCCAGGAGUACUCCAUUCGUGCAUGCCGAUCAGCUGGUAUCUGAGUACAGAUUGGCAACUGUUCUUUUUAGUAUCACCUUUCGUCGUCAUAGUGAUAAACAGGUGGCCCCGUCAUUUAUAUAAGUUGAUAACUGCAAUAUUUUUAUCUUCUGUUAUAUCGACUUUCUUGGUAUCAUAUUUCUAUCAGAUUCCUACAAAUCACUGGAUGUUUAACAGCUUUGAAGAUGUCAACAAUUAUUACCAAAACAUGUACGCCGCUGCUUACAUGAGAGCCGGCCCGUGGGCCGCUGGCAUGUUGUGUGGUGUCUUCUUGCACAGCUUUAAGAAUAAUCCAAUGGAGCUUUCAAAAAAAGUGCUUAUAAUUUCCUGGGCGCUCACAGUACUUGGACUAUGCUUGGCAAUUGAAUUUGACCUACCAUUUUUAAGAUGGAAACUUAAUGAAACUGGUGUUUGGAGUGCCUUGUCCAAUGCAAUUCAACAUAAUCUAUGGGCCGCCUCGAUUUGCUGGAUAAUAUUUUCUUCAGGGACUCAAAAAGCCGGUUUCGUUGGUAUAUUCUUGUGUUGGCCAGGUUUUCAACCAUUAGCUAAGAUUUCAUAUUCAGCUUAUCUAGUUCACAAAGUUAUUAUUUCACUUUAUUUUGGAGAGACCUCUGGUUAUAGAUAUAUCUCUGCUACAAAUCAGUUACCAUUGAUAUUAGGAACAAUAUUGCUCGCCUAUAUUGCAGGACUGUUGUUUUACCUUUCUUUCGAAGCCCCAACGGCACAUUUGGACAGAAUUAUAUUUCAAAAAGGAGGAACAGGAAAGCAAACCAGCAAAGAAAUAGGAGGAAAUAAUUCAGUACCAGAAAUGAUAACUGUAAAGAGAAACGGUAUACAAGAUUAAGGACCAUCUAAUGAAAAUUAAACCUUCAUUUCUAACAUCUAUGACUCUUUUUGUUUUAUGUUCGAUAGUCUCCGUAGAUUUAUAAUAAUGGUGUCUUAUUUUGAGGUUAAUCUCAAUAUAAUAUUCAACAAAAAACAUGACACUUAAAAACGAACACAAAACUUGGUUUUCCUACAUUCCUGCUGAAAAUUGGUCCAUUGUUAAUGUUGACCUUUUUUAUAGCUCUUGAGGUCGGCUAUCAUUUCUAGCAAAAUUUCCCUCUAUGUAUAUACCCCACCUCUACGUAUACACCCCACCUCUACGUAUACACCCCACCUCUAUGUAUACACCCCACCUCUAUGUAUACACCCCACCUCUAUGUGUACACCCCACCUCUAUGUAUACACCCCACCUCUAUGUAUAUACCCCACCUCUAUGUAUAUACCCCACCUCUAUAUAUGUAUCCCACCGCUAUGUAUGUACCCCACCUCUAUGUAUAUAUCCCAACCCCGUAAGUAGAGGGAAAUUGUUAUAGCACUAAUAGCAGAACUCAAGAGCUUCAAAAUAAUUCAUACAAGCUAUGGGCCAAUUUUUAGUAGAAAAAUAGGUAAUCCAAGGUCAUCAAGGAAGCGAUAACUAAAGAAACAUUCAAUUUUAGUAAUAACCAAUUAAUUCACUGUAAAUUAAAUAAAAGUUACUUCAAACGAAAAAGGAGAUUGCCAUUCUUGGUUUGAAACCAUUUAAAGAAGACUUUUAAGCGGUUAAUCUAAGCUAAGUUCUGUUUAUAAAAAAAUCAUAAAUUAUUCCACAUUUUAAUUUAUGAUUUUGUAGAAACACUUUCUCAUUUAAUAAGCUUGAAGUUCAUAUUAAGUAAAAGUUUAUCAGGAAAAAACUUGGAACCACCUCAAGUUGUGUAAAAAAAAAUUAUGAGAUAUUUUAACCAUCCUAAAAGUACCCAUGUUUUUAGCAAAAAAGACUACAAUUAAUAGUUGCAAAGCUUUAAUUUCUUGUUUUCCUUGAUUUGGGAUGCAUUAUAAUAAAAAUAAUUGCCUAAAUAUACUUUUUAUUUAUAUAUUUUUUUUUUUUUCAUGAAAUCUAUGAAAUAUUAAAACGACAUUAGUAUUUUCCUAGAAUGAAAGAUGAAAUUGCUGCCUAUAUAAAUAAAUGUAGUACAUGUGAAAAAACUAAGUAUAGAAGAAAAUCUAUGAAAACCAAUUUUCAAAUCACUCCCACUCUUGUAAGACUCUUUGAAUAUUUAAUGAUUGACACACUACAUUAUCAAAGAAAAUUUAUAAUUACAAUAAUCAAUCAAAAGAAUUUCAAAAAGACUAUAUGCGGACUUUACUAGAACAAAUAAUGAAACAAACAUUCAUCAACUACUAACCAAAUACUUUGCUCCUUAUUCUCUCCCAGUACAAAUAGCAAUGGACCAAAGGUAGAGAAUAUAAAACUGGUAUUAUUCAAAAUUGAUUUGGACGUUUAGGUAUUAAUUGUCAUUAUACGGUCUCAAAUAAUUCAAGCUCUCUAGGAAUAUUAAAUCGUGCACAUUCGACUUCAAUAGAACUUUUAAGGAUAAUAAAAGAAGAAAACUCCUCAAAUAGUUUAGAAACUAAUAAAAAUAUAGCAGUCAGGACAUUAAUGAAACAUCAAAUAGCAAUCUUAAAUUCAUUUCUAACAAGAUAAUGUUUGGUAUAAUUAUUGACCCCGACUGAGAUGGGCAAAUGAUUAAAGAAAACUUAGUGCAAAAACAUCAUGAUAAACAUUAUUCAUAAAUUAUCCAAUUGUAAAAUAUCGUAGGAAAAAGAAAAACGAACACAAGGCCAAAAACAAAAUUGUGAAGACCCACCGAAAAUUUAAGACGAAGCGUUAGGACAAAAGAUGAGAACGUAUUUGAGUCCGUCAAAGUGUUUAUAGACAACAAAAGAAUUGUGCAUGUCCAUAUUGAAAACAUGAGGAGAAGAAGAAAGACUCGUGAGAAAAGAUGUGCUUUGCUUACAGGCGAUGGCACCCGAGCAACUGCUGAUGGCGGCUCCGGCUCUAGCCUAUCUAACGUGGCGCACUCAGGCGGAUCGUGCCGACUCUUUUUUAAAUUUUAGAAAAUUAUAACAUGUUAAUACACUAUAUGCAAUUCUUUGGUUUAAUUCAAAACAUAAAAACUAUUAAAAAACGACUAAUACAUUCUCUUGCAAAAGAAUCAAUUUACAAUGUGGCACUUAAGCAAAUUUUUUAUUUAGAAGGUAAAAUAGAAUCGCUAACGACUCAUGAUGGAACUAAACGAGAAAUUAUUAGGACUAUAUAACGGCUACGCACCGGCUAACUGGCAAUAUGGAUGUUUCUUGUAAGGAUUAUUCCGACAACCAAUCUUAUAAAGAAAACUACCUAUAUCAAAACUAAUUAUUAUUUUACACAUGUUUUAUUAAAUUCAAACCCAUGUAUUAACGAAGUUAUCAAAAAUUAUAUUAGCUCUAGUAAGACAAUUACUUUUAAUAUAAAUAGUUAAUAGUAUUAUAAAAUUGUAUAAUCAAAAUGUUCUUUACCCGCUACCUAAUGUUACCUUACCUAUUCCUAUACCCAAAAGUUGUGUAUUGUGUAUCAACUUAGGAUAUAAUGAAUCUUUUGUAAAUAUUACUAGAAAUAAGGAUAUUAGUAUAUUACCUAUGCCUUACUCAUAUGAAAUAUUUAGAUUUAGUUAUUCCAAUGUAUCAUUUCAUAACUUGGAAUAUACAGAAACCUAUGAUUAUAUGUCUGUAUCUGAAAUAUUGUAAUUAAUUUCCUCAUUUAUUGUAUUUAACUUAUUUUUAUAUCAUGUAUACCUCAAGUAUCUACAAGUUAAAAAGCUCUUUGCAGUAAGCAAACCAGUCACCCCCAUGGUAGAAGUAUAGAAUAACCAACUUUCAACCCCUGGUCACAUUCUCAACUAAUUUUUCGCCAGGAAGCUCGAAUCUUCGGAUGGGAGGAGUUGUAGUCGUC